UGGCAUUACUGUGAUUUUAACUGCAGUCUACUGCUUCAGCAAUUGUCAACCUUUUAUUGAAAUGGAUUUAGAACAAAAUUGGAAGUGUAAAAUGAAUAAGAUCAUUGAGACAAUUCUGUUUCUGUAAUGAAGACAAAUUUGAAUGUACUUACAAGAUCAUCUCUUCGUCUUUCUGAAGUUGAAAGUUGUCCGAGAAUGAAAACCAUGAGUUGUCAGUAAAAGUCGUUCGUUGUAGUGUUGAAGAGAACAGAAAAAUUUCGAAGUUAUACAUUAAAUGCCAAUGCUUACGCGUGAUAAUACAUUAUGGAAUGGAAGGGGUAUCGAUAUCUAUACAAGGAUAUGUCUCGUACCGUCACCCACAUAUUAAGUAUCUGUCAACAUUUUAUAUUGCCUGCGAUGAACGACGUAAUUUAAGUGCGAAGCAAAAGUUAUUAAAAUCCCUCCUUUUUAUCAAGGAUUUUAAUGAAAAGUGCAAUAAAAACUUCCAGAUAAUUCAUCUGAUUCUGUGAUUAGUGGUAAUUUAUUCGCUGCUGCUAAACAGUUAGCGGAUAGUGAAAUUCAGCUCCUAAAAGUUAUACAAAAUUCCAAAAAAGCAAACAAUAAAAAUAAUACCAGUACAAUGUCAUCUGGGAAAAGUGCCAAAAAGUCAGGGGAAACAUCUAAUGUUUGCCCAUCUAUAGCAUUGAUAGCAGCCAAAAAACAGGCAGUGCAAAGGCAAAUGUUGCAGGGAAAGAAGUCCAAUAAUAACAAUAAUAAUAUUUUUGUACGUGAUAUAUAUCAAAAAGCUAUAGAUGCUUAUACUGUAAAGAGAAAGGAAACUGGACUAGUAUUUGAUCGGUCUAUGGUAGAACACAAGUGUCUUUGGGAUCCAAAUUAUCCAGAAUGUCCUGGUAGAAUGAUAACCAUUUUACAAAGAUGUGAAGAAUUAGGUUUAAUAAAUAGGUGCAAGCUCAUCACACCACGGGAAGCUACAGAAAAUGAAAUACUUACAAAACAUAAUAAAAAAAGUCUUGAUAUUUUAAAGACCACUGAUGGAUGUAAAGAUGUACAUAAUUUAGAGUUAUUAUCAUCCAAAUACGAUGCAAUUUAUGUACAUCCUUCUACCUACAAAUUAUCUCUAUUAGCUGUGGGGUCAACAAUAAACUUAAUAGAAAGCAUUUGCAAAGGAGAAGUUCAAAAUGGAAUGGCUAUUAUUAGACCACCUGGACAUCAUGCAAUGAAGUCAGAAUAUUGUGGAUAUUGCUUCUUUAACAAUGUCGCAAUUGCUGCUGAGAAAGCUUUGAAUAAUAAUUGGGCCAACAAAAUUUUAAUUGUAGAUUGGGAUGUACACCAUGGACAAGCAACUCAACAAAUGUUUUAUAACGAUCCACGAGUUGUUUACUUCUCCAUUCAUCGUUACGAACAUGGUGAAUUUUGGCCGAAUCUCAGAGAAUCUGAUUUUCACUUUGUUGGAGAUGAUUUAGGCCAAGGAUAUAAUUUUAACGUACCACUUAAUAAAGUUGGUAUGACUAAUGCCGAUUACCUGGACAUAUUUCAACAAGUCUUGUUACCAAUGGCUUAUGAGUUUCAACCAGAUCUCGUAAUAAUCUCAGCUGGUUAUGAUGCAGCCUUGGGCUGUCCAGAGGGUGAGAUGUUGGUGACUCCUGCAUUUUAUGCUCAUUUAACAUCAUCUCUAAUGAGUCUAGCUUCUGGAAAAGUUGCUGUUGUAUUAGAGGGUGGUUACUAUUUAAAGUCACUAGCUGAAAGUGCAGCACUAACUUUGCGUGCUUUAUUAGGUGAUCCAUGUCCUACAAUAGAAAAUCUUGAAUUGCCUUCAUUAAGCAUACGUGAUUCAAUUUUAAAUACAAUUUAUGCACACAAACCAUAUUGGAAAUGUUAUCAAUAUCAAGAUACAUACAGUAUUAAUAAUACAACAAAUAAUAAGGAACAAAAUAUCAAUCAGUAUUUACCUGUAGUUACAUUCAAAGGAACUGAAGAGAGACCAGACAUGUAUAAAACUUCUGACUGUUAUCCAGUUCAUAGUAAAGAAGUUCUCGAGCUGCUUGAUUCAAAAUUAAAUACUCUUAUACAUUUUACUAAUUUAUAUAAAGCUCCGGACAAAGUGAACAUUGUGUAUGAUGAAAGAAUGCUAAAGCAUUAUGAUAUAAGCGAUGAAACCCAUCCAGAAAAACCAAGUCGUAUUAGUGGUAUCUAUAAACGAUUACAAGAGUACAAUAUUCUUGACCGAUGCUACGUGCAACAGGGACGAAGUGCAACGAUAGAAGAAUUAUUAUUGGUUCAUUCAAAAGAUCAUAUAGAGAGAAUAAAGGGAACUGCAAACAUGAAAGCCAAAGAUUUAAAGAAAGUAGUAUCAUCAUUCAAUUCAGUUUAUUUGCAUCCUGAAACUUGGACAAGUGCCAGCGUAUCUACUGGAUCGUUAUUACAAGUCGUUAGUAAUGUGUUAAAUGGGGAGAGUCAGUCUGGUGUUGCUAUUGUAAGGCCACCGGGACAUCAUGCAGAAGAUGACAUGCCAUGUGGUUUCUGCAUUUUUAAUAAUAUUGCUGUAGCAGCUAAAUAUGCCAUAGAAUGUCAUCAUUUAAAAAGAGUACUAAUAGUGGACUGGGAUGUGCAUCAUGGCAAUGGAACUCAAUCUAUUUUUGAGGAAGAUCCAAGAGUUCUCUACAUAUCUGUUCAUCGAUAUGAUAAUGGUAGUUUUUUUCCAAAUUCGAAAAAUGCUAACUACACCAGUGUUGGCUGUGGAGAUGGAGAGGGAUUUAAUGUCAAUAUACCAUGGAAUAAAAAAGGAAUGGGUGACGCUGAAUACAUAGCAGCAUUUCAACAAGUGGUAAUGCCAAUCGCGUAUCAGUUUAAUCCAGAACUAGUUUUAGUAUCUGCAGGUUUUGAUGCUUGUAUUGGUGACCCUCUUGGAGGGUGCCUAGUAAGUCCAGAAAUGUAUGGUCAUUUAACACACUGGCUAUCAUCAUUAGCUAAUGGCCGCAUAAUUCUUAGUCUUGAAGGAGGUUACAAUAUCAAUUCAAUUUCACAUGCAAUGGCACUUUGUACUAAAACGUUACUCGGGGAUCCUCUACCGAUGCUAGAAAGUGAUCUGAUCCCGUGUUCUAGUGCUGUUAAUUCUAUAAACAAUGUUUUAAAAACGCAGAAACAAUAUUGGUCGAAUUUGAUAUUUAAUGUUUCUCUGCCAAGAAAAAACGUGCUACCUAAAGCUAAACUGAAACACAUAAAAUCAAAUGAACAAAUGAAAACUAUGGAUGAGCCUUGUAAACAGUCUGAAUCUAAGAUAGCAUUGGAGAAAAUAGAAAGUGAAAAGUUGGCACUGAGACUUUCAAUUGAUAAAAAUUCUGUGACAGAUGAGGAGAUAUUAAAAUUACAAAACGAAGUUGAGAACAUCAAAAUAAAAAAUUCAUCUCACGACGAUAUGCUAAAAGCUACUGAAAAAGCACACAAUAAAUCGAUUAAUAUGCAGACUAUUAAUACUUGUGAAGAUAAAGUUCUUGAAUGUGAAAGGCAGUGCGUAAAUCAUUCUAAGAAAGGAACAUUUUCUGACAAAAAUUGUGACAACUCUAAUCCAGGUAGCAGUAGCGAACAUAAUGAAGGCGCUGUUGGUCAAGCUGGUGGUGUCACAAAUUUAUGCGACUAUUUAUCUCAGAAUUUGGAAGCAUUAAUGGCUGGUGAUAUGUUUGCUGUAGUUCCUUUAAAGGACUGCCCCCACUUGGAUAGUGUCAAAGAUGUACCAGCUUCAGGAAUCGAUAUACAUUUACCUUGUGCAGAAUGUGGUAGCAUUGCUGAAAAUUGGAUUUGCUUGCUAUGUUACACUAUACAUUGUGCACGUACUGUUAAUCAGCAUGGUCUUUUACAUAGUGAUGGAUUAGACCAUCCAUUGGCAUUAAGUUUUAGUGAUUUGUCAGUAUGGUGUUACAGGUGUGAAGCAUAUAUAGAUAAUCCACGAUUAUUUGCUGCUCGUAAUGCUGUACAUCAAAGUAAAUUUAAUGAGGAACUACCGUGGACAUAUAAUGAGAACUGAAGUGCAAACAUGCAUUUGACAAAGUUGUCACUAGUACUAUAUAUAAAUUUUCUAAUAUUUAUAAAUAUUACAAAAUAGAAAUAUUUACAGUUUC